UCUAUCUCCUUUCCCCUGUUAUGCUGUCCCAGUUCCCAGAUCUGAAGCUUAGUAGUUCAUAGUACAUACUGAGUAUUGACUAAUUCCUAUUCCUUAAUUUCUAGCUGAAUCAAAUGGCCUCUUACAACCUGUUCGAUGCAAAGAGGCUACUACUAGCUGUAACACUAGUCCUGCUAAGCCUGUGUCGGUUCUCUCUGGGUGCACGACAGCUGCCGGAGCUGACGCAGACCCGGCUGGGCGACGAGCUCUCGUACCACGGCGGUGCCGUGCUCCACGGCGACAUCCCCGUGUCUAUAAUCUGGUACGGGCAAUUCAAGCCGGCGCAGAAGGCCAUCGUCGUCGAUUUCCUCCUCUCCCUCACGUCCCUCCCAGUGAACGCGACGCCCUCGGCCGCGCAGUGGUGGGGCACCAUCGACAGGGCGUACCUGUCCAACGCCACGGCGAGCGUCGACGGCUCGAACGCGACCCGCGUCCUGCUCGCCGGCCAGGUCUCCGACGAGCAGUACUCGCUCGGCAAGUCACUGACGCUGGUAGAGAUUUUCCAGCUCGCGGCCGGCUUGGUCCCCAAAGAAGGCGCGCUCGUGCUGGUGCUCACGGACCCGGACGUGGUCAUCGAGGGCUUCUGCAGCGCACGGUGCGGCCUCCACGGCUCCGACGCGGGCGCCGGGUACGCCUACGCCUGGGUGGGCAACGCCGAGCGCCAGUGCCCCGGGCAGUGCGCGUGGCCGUUCGCGAAGCCCGCGUACGGGCAGCAGGACCUCCCGCCGCUCUCCCCGCCCAACGGCGACGUCGGGGUGGACGGCAUGGUUGUGACGCUCUCCAGCAUGGUGGCCGGCGCGGUGACCAACCCGUUCGGCGACGGGUACUACGAGGGCGCCAAGGAUGCCGCGCUGGAGGCAUGCACGGCGUGCGCCGGUGAGUUUGGGACCGGCGCGUACCCUGGGUACCCCGGGAAGGUGCCCGUCGACGAGACGACCGGCGGUAGCUACAAUGCCGUUGGCGCCAACGGCCGGAAGUACCUGCUCCCGGCCAUUUACGACCUGGCGACGUCUGCUUGCUCCACCUUGAUUUAGAAAGUCAAGUCAAGGGAGUUUUAUUUUACCUGAAGGGUGCACAUAGCUAAAUACACGCUCUAUUUUAGUAAUUCAUUAAUUUUCGGUUUGUUCUAACUUCGAGCUCAGAUAGGAGUACUCCAAUAAGUACAACGUGCUACAUUUUCUUGAUUUAUGAUGUUACCUAUGUGUCUACCUUCUUGGCUAUCACCUACACGAUAUCGUUCAUCUGGGAGUAUCUGACUAUUUGUCUGCAAUUUUUUCGGCUUUUCUUACUUGAAGCUAUCAAAAAUUUCUUAUCUUUCUUUUUUUAGCGAACUUUUCUUACAUUUCACUAUUCCAGUAUUGUUUGUAUCCGAUGCAAACAGUGAGAAGCCCGGCCUAUCGGGUGAAGGCCUACUCAACGUAACGGAAAGCCCACAGAACAAAAGGCUCGCGCACUGAUCCACCAGUCCACACCUCUGCGCGGCCUACGCACUACAGCAGGCCGACAAGGCAAAACCGACGAUGUGAUUGGGCGUUGGGCCGCUAAAUUUGAGCCCAAACGGCAAGUUUUUGCAAGAUGUCAGCUGUGAAUAGCGGGCCGAAGAACUGCAUAUGGCAGUAGGCCGAGUCCGGUUAUGUAUUUUCCCAGGAUAUACGAUGGUAUAUUAGAGAUU